CCGCGUAGACUACAACAGGACUGUACCUACAGAACCCUGACAGCUCCAAAAUGCCUGUGUCUUUAAAAAGAACUCUAUACGGAAUGGUGCAUGAUGUCAGGCUGCUCGCAGUGCGUAUACUGUUCGCGUGAGCCGCCUUUUACUUCCUGCACAGGGACAGAAGCGGUCAGAGAAAGAGAGAGUGGGAUAGCGAGAUGGGGGACGAGCGGCCAAGACAGGACUAAAGUGAUAGAGUGAGCCAGCGGACAAGAGGAAACCAGGGCCUGCUAUAUUGAAAAAGAGGAGAGAAAGGAAACACCCCAGAAAGUUUAUAGGUUAUCCGAAGAGAGAGCCUGCCACAUCUGCGCCAGCUGAAAGCCGCAUUCUAUGGAAUAGCGGCAUAUCGGAUGCCUCUCUCGGUGGCAGAGACUGCAAUAAUAAUCUGAAAGCCCAUCGUUUUCUCCUUCUGCGGUCAACAUGUCCCAGCUGCUCCAUGUGGAGAUCCCAAACUUUGGAGCCACAGUUCUGGGCUCCCUCAACGAGCAGCGCCUGCAGGGACACUACUGUGAUGUAUCCAUUUUGGUAAAAGGUCAGGCUUUCAAAGCCCACCGGGCUGUUUUGGCUGCCAGCAGUCUCUACUUUCGUGACCUCUUCAGCAGCUCCACCAAGACCCAGUUUGAGUUGCCUUCCUCAGUCACACCUGCUUGCUUUGAGCAGAUCCUCACCUUCUGCUAUACAGGGAAGCUAACAAUGGCAGCUAGUGAACAGCUGGUGGUCAUGUACACAGCUGGCUACCUCCAGAUUCAGCAUAUAGUUGAAAAAGGCAUGGACCUAAUGUUCAAAGCAAAUUCACCUCACUGUGACUCACAAACCGCAGGGUCCUUAGAAGAAACGGGAUCUGAGCCACAGAGUCCUUCUAAUAAUGGUAAUGGCCUGGCAGUAGCCGCCCUGUUGGGAACUCCGGGCUGGUCUACAUCCCUACUAAUGCCACAACGCAAGAUUAAACUAGAGGGGGGUGAUCCAACACCCCUUACAGUACCUUCAACGCAAAGCAAGAUUUCGUCUUCAGAGCUGGGGAGUCGACUGGAGAGGGCCAGCUCACUGUUUUACACAACAGCCAGAGGGACCCCCAUCCCUGGCAUGCCUCCUUUUUACCUUCAAGUGAGCAGUGGAGGUGGUGCAGGAGGCGGAGCUGGAGGAGGAACAAGCGGUGAAAGGUCCAGUCCUGGAGCCUCCAGCCUGCCAACCACCGACAGUCCCACAUCUUACCAAAAUGAGGAUGAGGAGUUUGAAGAGGAGCCCUAUGAUGGGAUCACUGAGGAGGCAUACAGUCAUAUCUAUGGACGUUCAGUUAACUCUUAUGGGAUCCAAGACAAGCCAGAGAUGGGAGCAGUGCCCUUGGCCUUCGAAAAUCGCAACUGUGUGCUGAUCCGCAGAGACCUGGUGGCACUGCCUGCAAGCCUCAUAAGCCAGAUAGGCUACCGCUGUCACCCUAAGCUCUACACUGAGGGGGACCCUGGGGAGAAGUUGGAAUUGGUAGCUGGUACCCAGGUGUUCAUGACACGAGGCCAACUCAUGAACUGUCAUCUGUGUGCUGGUAUCAAACACAAAGUCUUACUCCGCCGUCUCUUAGCCACGUUCUUUGAUAGGAACACUCUGGCCAAUAGCUGUGGGACGGGUAUCCGUUCUUCUACAAGUGACCCCAGUAGGAAACCCCUGGACAGCAGGGUCCUCAAUGCUGUCAAACUCUACUGUCAAAAUUUCAACCCUAACUUCAAAGAGAGUGAAAUGAAUGUCAUUGCUGCUGACAUGUGCACAAAUGCAAGGCGUGUUCGCAAGAGAUGGCUCCCCAAGAUCAAGUCCAUGCUUCCUGAUGGCAUGGAAGUAUAUCGUGCAGGGAUGGGCAUGGGUGCUGCUGUAGGUCUGGGUCUGGCACUGGGUGCUCCUCAGUCAGCAGUACCCCUCUCUUUCGAGCCUGACUUCAAGACCCUAGAGCAAAGGUUGUAUCCAGAACGCAAAGACCCUCUCAGGACUCACCCACCGCUCACAGAAGGCAGCCCAGGGUCUGGGGCAGCUAGAGCAGAGGCUGAGGGGGAAGGUGAAGCAGUUGUCCAAGAGGAACAGGAGGAAGAUGAGGAUGAAGCUGGCUUGGAGGGUGUAGAUAGAUCACUGGGGGCGCCAAAUUUGAUCCCAGUCACAGAGGCUGGCAGCACACCACCUGAGCAGAAGGUGGAAAGUUUUGAACAAGGUCUGAGGGCAAACGGACAGUGAAUGUCCCUUGGGGCUGCCCCUCAUAUCGUGAAAUCUGUUUAACACGCUUUUUCUUUUUCUUGCUCUCUAACUCUAACAUCUUGUCCACCACUAUUUCUUCUCUUCUGUGCUUCCUCAACAGGAAUUCAUCAGCACAAAAAGCUGCACUCAUAGAUGUUUUUACACAGGAGUUUGUCACACAUGCAUGCGCACGUGUGUGCUUGUGUACUUGCAUACUUGCCAAUAGUAAAGGAGGAACACUGCUGAAAGUAGACACAGGCAUGGCAUUAGCGCAUUGAGAAAUUCAACCUUUUCCGAUCCGUCCCCUUCUUAUUAUACCAAGUAUUUACUCAGUAUUUGGGCUCCUGUGGCUAUAUUACAAAAGCCUGAGAGCAGAGCAUAUGGCUGUAAUGAUUCAUCAUUUGAAUGCAAUACAAAUGCAACAGCUGCUUUGUGGGCAGUUUAUAGAGUGUGUUGUAAUGGUUUGUAAAUUGAUUCCAUUUUCUUGGAAAGCUGCAUUUGAAAACAAUUCAACCUCAAAAACCAUGUCAGAAUUCAGCUCCCAUAAAGAAAGAUGUUUGCAAUGUUUAACCACUUCACAUCACAUUAGUGUUCAAUAUGUGUGAGUAUAGACAGUGUGACAAAACAAACAAACAAACAAAAAAAAUUAAUGUGCUCUCAUAACAAAACCACCUUCUUUCCUGUUAACUUAGCACAUCACUUAUAUGAUCAAGAUUACGAAAUGGUUUCCUGUGAAUACUAAACUUUUCUCCAGAAUCCAAAAACAAAUCUAUCACAUGCAUUUGUUUUGUCAUGCGUAUCUGCCUGUGACAUAUCAGAUUUGACUGUCAAUGUGGUGCCUGUGUCUGCUCUAGAACCCCCCCCACACUCCACAUCAUCCAUAAAGACACACACACAGAUAUUUACCAUUCUGUAAUACUAGGCUUUAAUACUGUAUCUAUACCAAUGCAUCCAGACAAUACACAGUCCAAAAAAUAAAAAAGAAAUGAUAAUAAGUUUCAGUGAUUUUUAAAUUUUGAGAAAUCUUUUAAAAUGCAUCAUUCUGUCAUCUUUCAGAGAGAGCCAUGAAUAAUAAUGUGUACUAAAGUCCGAAUUUGCAUGCAUUAAUACAAACAGUGAAUAGAAAAAAAUAUUGAAACAGCAAAGCCACAACCCUGCAUCCAAAUAGGAUAACAGCUACAGCUGCCUGGAGCUAUGCCAUAAAAAUGCAGAAGGACUUUCUUCAUUUCUCUCUGGGAUCUGACCUCAGUCUAGCAAAUGUUGGAACUGGCCUUGGUGUAUCCCAGCACUGACUGUCUUUGACAUAUUAUUAGAUCAAAUUUCUGUUUUUUUAACUACAGAAUGUGCUGUCACCGCAAACAGAGGAGUAUGAAUAUAUGGAGUAGAAAGAGGAAGUGCACUACACUGAGUGUUAGAGGAAAAAAAUGACAGAAACACUGUUCUACCUUGAUCUGACAGUGUGAUAUGUACUGAGACUACACAGCCCUGCUUCCAUCAUGUUUUUUUUUUUUUCUCUCUUGUGGGUGAGUGGGUAAAUUAUUGAAUUAAACUUUUAAGAGCAAGUUAUGCUGGCUAACUGCAUUUGCACUCAAGAAGGUAAAGGGGUUGGGAAAACUGAGGAGUUUAACUAAAUAGACCUCUAAAGACUGCAAAUUGCCACCACAUCACUGAUUACAUUCUUAAUCAGGCAUUUGUGGGCUUGGAUCAAAGCGACGGGUCUUUGAUGGGGGGGCAUGUUUUGUUAAAUUCAUUUUCUUUUUUGAUGUCAGUUUUCAUGCUUGUCACCAUGUAUAGGAUGCAGUCCUAACUUUACUGUUUCAUGCAUUGAUUGUAAAAGAUGCACUGCUGUAUGUUCACCUUGUGCUGUGCUUUUGUAUGUCUAGAUCAGUAAUGAGAGCACAUUUGAUAACAAGAAUAGACCAUUAGUGAAUUAACUGAAAGUCAUUUUUGGCCACCAACAUUUUGGAAAUUCUUUUUUGUGAUUGCCCUCUGGUAUAUUCAGUCUGUUUUUUUUAUGUUCCAGUGCUGUGCCACUUCAAAGGUUGGGCCGGAUAAUUCUCUUGUCUGUCCUCCUAUUACAUUGGUUCUUUAGGGUAAGCUUUAAGAUGGCCCUGCACAAGAAACAAAGGGUUAUGAUUGCACUAGGUAAUGAUAAUGACGUUUACAGUUUUGUUUUCUCUUAGAAGAAAUGUGGUCUGCCAUAGAUAAGCCAGGGUUCUGCAAGCAUGACAGAGAUGAUGGAUGAAUGUAAACUGUAGCACUGCUUUGGAAAGGGUCCAGGCCUUAAUUUAAUAUAGUAAUUAAUUGAAUCUCUUUUUUAAAAAUAGUUUUGCAUAAAUUACAAGCUUUCAGAAAUGCACCAUAAAAAUUACAUUAUUCUGACUGUGAGGCUGGAUGAUGGUUGAACUUAAAACAUUUUUAAAGUGAUGCUGAGAAGUCUUCCAACAUUACAAACAGCAGGGACCAUUUUACUAAUAUGUGCAUAACUGAUCAAUGUUCAAGUAGCCUGCUGCCAUUUGUUACUAUGUUGUUUAUUCAUAUCUUUUUAACCCAACACUUGUAUGUCUCUAAUGUUGAAAUGGCAAGCUCCAGUAAAUUAUAUAUUAUCGUUUUAAUUUAUUCAGCUGCUUUUGUAAAAAAAAUAAAGAUAUUCUUUUCUCUAUUGGAUCUCAAUUCAUGAUCUAUUCUGCUUUUGUCAAAGUAACAAUUAUUUUAAUAUAAAAGUUUAUUUAAAAAAACCUGAGUCCACCACUGUUUAAUUGAUCAAUAAGUUUGAUUUCUAUAUUUAAUAAUUUGAAAUAAAAAGUUUUUGGCUUCUAAAUUAUAUUCUAUAAACUGGAAAAUUCUUCAUUGCUAUCAGUAAAGGCUGGAAAACAUUGAUAUACUACACUAAAGUGAUAAAGGAGUGUGAAGCAGUGCCUUAGACUGUGAAUGUGUGGGUGUGGACAUGUGCCAUAAUUGUUUCUUCAGAGACAAACAGGACCCAGGACCCUACUGUAAAGUCACAGAUUAGACACUGGAAGAUUUUUUUUUUCAUUUUUUCCUUUUAUUAAACUUAUUACUAAAAUUGUUAAAUUGUCCUGGAAGAACCUUAGCUAACUUAAUCCCAUAUAUUCCAUUAUGUCAUUCUUAGACAAAGAAAGUAAGGUUGAUCACCAGCUUUUUUUUUUAAACUGAACUCGAAAAUUUGGAGUCCCUGUAUUUCUUUUGACAGCUCUUUGACAAUAACGUAUAUCUUGUUAGCUCCCUUGCACAGUAAAUAAGACUCAUAGCGCUCCAAUUAAACUUAUAUCAAAUCUGAUAUCGAUUAUAGUCAAACCUGUCAUCCACUUGAUUGUAUCUCUCUAAUUAAAUAUAAACUUUACUUGUUCAUAUGGGUCACUGUUUCUGCAAGAAUGCCACUUAUUAGAUUGAGAUUCGUAGGGUUUUUUCCUCUUUUUCUUUUCUUGUGCAGGGUAAAGUGAAUGAUUUUGCACUAUAAACUGAAAAAUUCUUGGAGAAUGUUAUGGCUAACCUUUGUGAGAAUUAGCUCUACUUGAGGUGGCUAAAAGUGAGAAAGUAAUGUUGUGCAUUUUACAUAUUUCUAUUCUUUGUCUGUCUCAUUUACCGCACACUUAUUCAACCAGAUGAUCACUGAAAAUAAGAAACAGAAUGGGGCUGGUUCUAGUAAAGAACCCAAUUCCACAAACAUUUUAUUGUAAACAAAUUCUUACUGGUUUUAUAAAACCUUGCAUAAUGCUCAGUUCAUCCCGUGAUUCUAAAACUGAUGGGUUCUAUAGUUUUUGUUCCGCUGAAGUUUAAUCCUGAAAACAAUACAUUUAUAUGCAAAAUGACACUUGUAUCAUAAAAUGCAUGCCGUUCAGAUGCUCACUCUAACCCAACGAAACCUCUGAUCUUUAUGCACCAUGUAUUUUAUGCUAAAUAAUUGUAGUCACUGUUAACAAGCAAAGACUAUGGAGUCUUGCUGUAAACAGGGCUGUAUUUUUUAUUAUACACCCUGGCCUUUCAUUGAAUGUUUGCAUAAAGUGUAAUCUCUUGUAGUAAUGACAGCAAGGUAGUGUUGAAAAGUGGAAUACAUAAAAUAACUACCCAGUUGAGUGUGCAUUUGAACCUUUUGCAGACUCAAAAAAAUGCACUAAAAGUUUGUAUGUAUAUGUGUGUCCUUGAACAAAAUGCCAGCACUUUAGAAAUUCUUUUAACCUGAAAGGAAAGAGAAAUGCAUCAAGAGUGACCAAGGCUUAGGCAAAUAAGGAGGAAAUGCAACUUUUAAAGCCAUGUGCUCAGAGCGCUGACAAUCAGAAAAGGGAUGAGACCCAAAGUGCACUAUGGGAGAUGUGACAUGACUUGCCGUGCUCUUGCUAUUUGCUUUGCCUUUCUCCAGCUUGCUUUGGUCUGUGCUAGCUUGCUUUCCAGAGUGGAGGAAUAUGGUGAUGUUAACUCCUGCCUUCCUGGUUAUAACUGUGUGUCUUUGCAACAAGGACUUACUCAUACCUUGGUGCUUUGUGAACAGUCAUCCUAUGUUGACAUGACUCUGGUCAGCAUAGGUCGAACUUGGCCCUGAAUCUGGGCUUAUAGGUACCCUCACGAUGGACUACAAUAUUAAUGGUAAAAAAAAAGGACCUUAUCAUGCAACUGUAAACUAUGAUCAUGAUAAUGUUUUUCACAAUCAGCAAAGCUUGGACCAGGCUUACUGGGAUGGGGAAAUGUCAGUGUUGAUACUGCUUUAUGUUUCAAAAGAAAAAUGUCAAAAUGUUUAUGCGCCUUCUGACUCGAGCAUCAAUAAUAAAUAUGACAGAAAUGCAAGUUGCCACUUUUGAUGUUGCAUAAAAAUCUACCUUUCAUUCCCAUCAUGGUAUCUGCCAUUACCAGUUUUAAGUUGUGUAGUCCAGGAGUACCUGAUUUCUUUAAAUGCAAUACAGAAAAAUCAGCUUUCUAAUAAAAGUCCUUUCAUCACCA